AAACAUCGGCGUCGAACGUCGCGAGCUCAGCUCAAAGUGUUGGAAAAAUCGUUUUCUGAAAAUGCCAAGCCCAACGCAACUAUUCGCCGUAUUCUCGCUCAGAAACUCGAUAUGACGCCACGCGGUGUGCAGAUUUGGUUCCAAAACCGUCGUGCCAAAGCGAAA